AUGAUGAUGAAAGUGUUGGAGAACUUGAUCGGAAAGCCAAUCGAACAAAGAUUUGAAGAGAUCGAGCUUGAGGAAGUUAGAGCACGACGUAAGGCUAAGAUUGAAGCUGAAAUGAAAAACAAAGGCAAAGGUGUUCCAAUUGAAGGUGUUACUAAAGUAACUGAAAGGGCAAUUGUAGUGUCUGAGCCAGAAAAAGUUCCUGAAACAUCUAUUCUUGAUCCGUGUUAUGAUGAAGAAGAAGAAAAUGAUGAUGAUAUCAUGAAGGAUGAUGCAGAUGAUGUUUAUUCUGCUAGUAGUGACCAUGAUGAUGAUGGCAAUGAUGACAAUGAUCAAGGUUCUACAGGCAUGAAAGUCACUGAAGCGUCUAAUGAAGAAAAGAUUGAUGAAUAUCUUCAUGAUGAUGCUAACGAAGAAUCAAGUAAUGCAAGUGGUGAGGGGGAGCAUGAUGAUGCUAAGAAUGUUGAUGAAAGCGAUGAUCACCUUACGAGAUUGAUCCUUCGUCUUGAACACAAUGUAGAAGAAGGAGAAAUCAUGCAUACUUAUACUUUGGAUGAGAUCGUAAAGAUGGCACAUGUUGAUGAUAUUAAUUUCAAAGUUGAUUUUGAAGAGGAGCUGAAUCAGUUUAAUAUUAAUCAGCAGCCUGAGUAUCAGUAUAAAUACGUUGAAGAUGCUGAUAACUAUGACAGAGUUGAAGUGGAAGACUGUAGUGACGAAGAACAUUCUGAGAAUGUGAAUGUUGAUACUUCUAACUUUCUGACGCUUGCUGAAUUCUUCAGUCAAGCUAAUGAAGAUGAGUUGCGAAGAAAGGUUGCAGAAAGUGUAAAGAACAAAAGUUUCCAUGAAAUGUUAAAAGAUGAACAGCGCGAAGAACGUAAGAAAUGGUUCAGAAAAGAUACUGAAAGAAAGUUUAAAUGUGACAACUCGUAA